CCAUUCAAAUCAAGGUCCUUUUAGGGUUUGGGUGUUUUAUAACAGGAACAAAGGAAAAGACAGAAAGUGCCAACGUCACGUACCAAAGGAAAAAAAAAAAAUCAAUUAAAACAAUUAUUAAAGAAUUAAUAAGACACAGUUGGAAAAACUACUGUCCAUGAAUCAACUGAGGAUAAUUGGGAUUCUUUCUUUCUUUCUUCCUUCUUUCUCUUUCUACUUUGUAGAAUUGUUAUCAUUUUUGGGUUUGCUAACUUUUUUCUUUCUUUCUUUAUACUUUUCUUUCAUAUUUUUUUUAUUUAUAUAUUUUUCAAAUUUUGUUAUCACUAAUUUGCCACCCCUCUUCCUUGGUCUGCCACUAUAAUCAUAACCCUUCUGUACACUAUUAUCUACAAGACCCAGCUACUCUCAUAUAUAAUUUCACUUUCAUUUUCUUGAUAUCUCUCUGUAUGUAUAAAAUAUAUAUAUAUAUAGAAACAAGGGAAAAGAUAGGGUUAUUGGGUAGUGAAGAGGUUUUAGAGAAAAACUAAAUCUUAUUGUCUGGUCUUUCUAUGUCUGAGAAUUGCAUGGUGAGCUCCUAUAGUUGGUCAUAGUAAUUAACAAAGAAGGAGAGAGAUUGAAAAAAGAUAUAUCUAUCUGAAUUGGGUUGCAGUAUUGCUCAUACAAUCAAUCCAUGGCAUAGAAAUAGAAAGCGACUUGGAGAAUAACCCAUCAUCAUCAUCAUCAUCAUCAUCUCUUCACGAGAUUUUGCUUCGCUUUUGCUACCCAAUGAAUGAUGCCUUUCUGUGUCUGUAAUUCACUGCCACCUGGUCAUAUAUACAAAGCUUUGUUUUUGUUUUAGUUUAGUUGUGUCCAAACGCUUGGAUUCUCUAUUUCUGGGCUGGCCUUAUUAUAGAGUAUUUAGUCACUUGGUCCUUCACUUCUUGUUCUCUUCUUCAAAGGUGCAAAGUGAGCAUUUGGAGAGUGGUUGAAAGAAAAGCAUAGAAAGAUAUAUCAAACAAAACAAAACAAAAACACCGUUUUCUUUGUUUUUCUUGCCUUGGAGUUUUCUUCUUCACAGACAUGUUCCCUGCAGCCAUGUCCAAUUCAACUUCUUUAUCUGAAGAUGCUAGUGUUUCUUCUGGCAAUAGAGUAGUUCAAGAUUUUUGUGGCUUAAAUCAAAUUGUUUCAACUAUUUCUCCUCAACAGCAACAGCAACAAAAGAUCAAGAAGAAAAGAAGCCUACCGGGAAAUCCAGACCCUGAUGCUGAAGUGGUAGCAUUAUCUCCAAAGACCCUACUAGCUACCAAUAGAUUUGUGUGUGAGAUCUGUAACAAAGGGUUUCAAAGAGAUCAGAAUCUUCAACUUCACAGAAGAGGACAUAAUCUUCCAUGGAAAUUGAAGCAAAGAAACAGCAAAGAGAUCAAGAAGAGAGCUUAUGUUUGUCCUGAACCAUCAUGUGUUCACCAUCAUCCCUCAAGAGCUCUCGGUGACCUUACAGGUAUCAAGAAACACUAUUGCAGAAAACAUGGAGAAAAGAAAUGGAAGUGUGAAAAAUGCUCAAAGAUCUAUGCUGUUCAAUCUGAUUGGAAGGCUCAUUCUAAAACCUGUGGAACUAGAGAGUAUAGAUGUGACUGUGGAACCCUUUUCUCCAGGAAGGAUAGCUUUAUAACACACAGGGCAUUCUGUGAUGCAUUAGCAGAAGAAAGUGCAAGACUUUCAGCUCAUCAAUUACUUUCAACAAAUCCAACUGCUCAAACUCUUCUUCUUCAACAAAACCCACCAUCACAUUCUCUCUUCCCUCUCCCUAUAUCCCAUAACCCAUGGGACCCACCACCACCUCCACUUCAUCAUCAUCAAAACCCUAGCAACAGCAGCAGCAGCAACAACAACCCUAGUAACCCAGUUCAAAUUAAGCCUGAAACUCAUCAUUUCCACCUUCCUCCGCUCUUCCAUGAAUCACCACCGCCAUUGCCACCAACUGAUAAGGCUACUGGUAAUUUGAUACCCUCAUCACCCUUCCAAACCCUAUCACAUGCAGCCACGUCAGCGUCAUCCCACCACUUGUCAGCCACUGCACUGCUUCAAAAGGCUGCAACGGUGGGUGCAACUCAGACUGCAGCGGGUCACAGUCAGAUGACUCAGCUUGACAUUGGCGAGUUGGUAGCAGUGAGUCAAGCCGCUGAUUCGGCGCGUCAGCAGCAGCAGCAGGCAGCUUACAUGGGCGGCAAUCUUGCCACAUGGCAGAAGAAUGACCGUUUGACUAGAGACUUUCUUGGUUUGACUGGUGAUCAUAGUAGUGGAAAUGUGGCGAAUGGGAGUGGUGGAGUUAGCGUUAGCAUGAAUGUGAGAGAGAUGCUAACGUACACAUGGGGAGUAGGAAUGCAGCAUUACAACAGUGACAGAGACCACUCACUGUUGAAACCUCAUGGUUUUGGAUUUGGUCAGCCACCUGCGGCCUCAGAAACUUGGGGUGAUUGCUGAAGGGUCAAAAUAGUAAAUCCGCAUUCUGCCCAGAUGAGGAAUGACAGAAGUACCCCUUCAGCUCCAGUCUUCCCCUGGAGAAAAAAAAAAAAAUCGAGUAGGGCUUAAAAGAACUGAUACCUUCUUGUUGUGUCACCUUCAUCUUUUUUCUAUAUGCUUCAUUACAUUUUCUUUUUAAUUUUAGAAUUUGUCUCCUAAGAUUAUAUGUUUAGUUGGCCCUCAUAAAAGAGUUUGUUGCUUUUAAUUACUUAAUUAAUUACUAUUAGAUCUUUUGCGAACAAUUAUUAGUAUUAGAUCUUGAAAGAGACGGAUCCAGAAAUUUGUAUGAAUGAGGCAAUGCAUAAUGCAAAUCUAUAAACUCUUAUUGUAUGUAUAACUAGGAUAACUAAAACAAUAUCUUUUCUAAUACUA